CAACUUUCCGGUUUUCUUUCAUGUAUAAAAAUAAAUUAAUUUUCAAAACUCAAUAAACAACUAAUAUUCUUUUUUUUACUUUUUCAUAUUUGUAUUGAUAUCUUAGUUUCAAGCUUUGCGAAUCUCAGUUUUUUAAUAUGUUAGUAAAAAGGAUCGGAAAUAUCUAUCUUUGGUAAUUUCCUGCAAAAAUCAAAUUUUGCUAGAGUUACCAUUUACUGGUGUGUAUUUUUAAUACUUUAUUUUUUUUUUAAAUACUUCCUUACCACUUUAUGCCAACCAUUACAUUUACACAUAAAUUAUGAGCAUUCAUUUGAUCGAUACAUUGUUGAUCGCAGAUCUAAACAUUGUACAAAAUUCCAGUUCUUAAUUCUCAUAAACUAAAUCCUCAUUGACAUUUUGGUUUAAACUUGAUGGAAAUAUUCGAAACGAUCUCUCGUUUACACUAAAAGAUUGAGAAAGAAUGUUCUUGUUCUAUCUCUAGUUUAUUGUUGGUUUGGUGUAAACGCACUUUUAGUCUUUGUCAAACAUAGACUUUCAAAGAGUAUAAUACUUUGUUUGUCUAUGGUUCGUGAAUUAGCUUCCGCGCUGUGUACCUGUGUUGGUUUUUAUUAAUUUGUUUGAAACCAAACAUUCAUUACGAGUAUAAAUAAAUUUGUUUCUAACAAAACAAGCUACGUUAUUUCUCAAAUAACAUUAAUAAAGUGAAAUAUGACGAGUGUUGUGAAAAACUUUUUCGAUGCUACUGAUAUCACCAUUCCUCACUCUGCAAAGUGACGCCAUUUUACGGGAAUGACCAGCUUGCGGCUGCUUCAUAAUAAGCCAGAUGUAAGGAUUUCUCUGUCUAAACGGAUGCAUGGAAAUAAAUCUUCAUCUUUGUACUCGUACUGGACGUACGAUUUCAGAGAAAACUAUGGAAGAUGGUAAUGUUUUUAACAUAAAAGAAGAUAAAAUCGCUGCAUUGGCAAAUCUAUACAGUGAGCGAUCAUCGAAAUUAACCACUAAUGGGCAUGACAUCUCUGGAGAAUCUUCCAGCCCGGCCGACGAUUCGUUGGAGCCGCGGCACCAGAACGUCGACGCAAUCAAAGACGACAAGUUCAGAAAACGAAUCAACCCUCUUAGAAUUCACUUGGGCAAAAGACCUUUUGUUGAUAAUUCUAAUCAGCACUACAAUUCUACCAAGAAGAAAAAGCCUUAUGUGAUUAAAUCUGGUGAUACAAAUGCAACAAAUACUAUACCUAAGGUGCCGAAACUUGUUCAUAAACGUGUAAACAACACACAAUUUCAUCAUGUUACAUCACAUGCGGGUAAUGCUUUUGAUAAUGAACAAGAUAAACCUGUACCUCGGCUUGUGCCCAAAAGUCAGCUAUUACAAUUUAAAAAAGGUAAAAUUGAAAAAGGAGCCCAGUUGAAGGAAUACGCUCAAAGCUUAGGUCUGCAACCUAUGGUUAAGUUUAAAUGCAGGAAAUGUUGUUCAAUGUCAUUCAAAACACUAGCUAUGUUGAAAGAACAUCAGUUAGUUUGCCGUGCACAAGCUAAGGAGCCUACACUGAGCCCUGAAGCUGCUCCGACUGCAGACAACAAUUCAGGAGGACCAUCUCGAGUUACAAGAAAAGUAUACCUGUGUUCUGCUUGUGGUACAUAUUAUGAAAAUUGGAAUCUCUUUUUGCAUAUGAGAGAAGUGCAUAAUAGACAUAUUUGCUUGUUUUGUCUUGGAAUGUUUUCAAAGGCUGAAAAGCUUUCAUCACAUCUGACUAAUAAACACUAUGUUCAAGAAGUUAAUUAUGAUAGUAAAGAAGAAUUUUACAAAGUUUAUAAUGGAGAAUUAUAUUUAAUGUGCUGUGCAUGUGAUGAGAUAUACAGUGAACAAGAUGACUUUUACAGUCAUGACUGUAACAAAGUUAAACCCAGACCUGUGCCUGUGCGUGUCAAUAAAAAUACAUCCAAAACAAAUAAUGUGAGGAGCAGUAACAAACAUUAUAAUGAAAUUUGUACAAAUGGACCUACAACUGACAAGGAACUUAUAAAGGCUAAUUGUGACAAAAAUGAAAUCAUUGACAAUGUCAAGUUAGAUAAUUACAAAGGGCAACUACAGAAAACUUUAAGUCCUGACAUGAUUCCUGAUACUUCUGAACCUGUAAAUAGUGAUACAAGUGUAAGUUCAGAAAACUCAGUAUGUACAAGUAAAGACACUAGUAAUACUCAAGAUUCUGGAAUGGAAUUGGACAGCUCCAGUGUUAAACCAACAAGUCCUUUAACUCAAGACACUGUUACUCCUGAGAAAGUUGAACAAUUAAUAUCAAAUGGUGAUGAUAGUAUAGAACAUUCAGAUGAUAAUCAAUCACUUCUAAAUGAUGAACCUCCUUCACCCUUAUCAGAGCAAUCCCCUGUAAAAAAUAUAGAACCUAUAAUUCAACCCCUUGAGAAAGAAAAGGAACAAGGCAUUAAAUUGAAACUUAGUUUGAAUAAAGCAAAUUCACCAGUUAUUAUAAACUCUACUGUGGAUCCCACAGUUGGAUUACAAAGUACACACAAACCACCAAGCAGAGUAAGAAGACCUCCAAAACGUUAUGAAAAAGAGUUGCCAUCUGAUUCACAGCCAAAAGCUCCUUCGAUAAAGAUGACUAUAUGUGAUAAAUCUGACAGUCCUUUUGUAAAGACAACUAUAUACGAAGAUGUUAAGGAACCUACACUGAAAACUCUCUUAAAUAAUAAUCUGGAUUCUGUUCCUGAAAUAAUUGAUUUUAAAUCUGAUAGCAGCAUCAAAACUACAAUUUAUGAUAACAAAUUAGAAGAUGUUAAUACACUUAACAGGGUACCAAAGUUAACUGUUAGAGUUCCUAAAGAACUUUUGGAUAAGGAUUCAUCCAGUGAUUAUUCUUCAGACAGUGAUACAAGUGAUAAAUUGACAGUUAAUGAAAAUGUGGAUAAACAAACAAAGGCAGAAGAUUUGCCCCAACCACAGAAACCAGAUAACUUUUUAACAGCAGAAGAAAAUGAAACUGAGUCACAUGAACAACAACCUGUGAUAGACUCAUUGGAAACUCCUGUUAAUUCAUGUACUGACACAGAGCUAAAAGCUGAGUGUGAUAAUCUGGAUAUUCUCAAUGAACCAAAGGUGGAAGAACCAGAAAUACCUGUUACAGAACUCGCAUUGGAUAAACCUUUAGAUAAAUAUGUGUUAAAAGAUUUGUUAAAAGUUUUUGUAUCACAUACAGCUUUUAAUUGUAUCUAUUGUAACCAUGUUAGAAAAAUUGCUGUCAAUUGUGAACAAUUAUCUUUGCAUAUGGUUGCACAACAUCGUUUCACCGCUACUGUUAACAGUAUAACAGCUGAAGAAUUGAUGCCAGAGACAAUCACUGCCCGAUUAAAGGUGGGAGCACCAGAAUUGCACUCAAUAUUCAUAAAUUUAUACUCCUAUGACAGUGUGGAUAAAUGUGAAGGAGGGCAGUUUGAUCACAUAUUUGAAUGUUUUCAGUGUUAUUUUAAAACUGCCGUUCAUAAAGACCUUUAUUUACAUAAUCGCAAAAUGCAUCAAAAAACUAUAUUAUUAUGUGUUAUGUGUAAAUCAAACUUUUACAGUUAUAGUGAAUUACUAUGUCAUUUAUGUCCUGGAACUUAUGAUUCUGAGUAUGAAAUUAAAUUUAGAUGCUGUUUGUGCAAUGUAGAUUCUAUACCGUCAUCUUUUAGAUUAAUGGUACAUUUGAGAAAAAUACACCACACUUGUGAUGUAUGUUUAGAAUUUUGUCAUAACCAAGCACGUUUGUCAAACCAUGUUUGGAAACACAAGUUACAUCAUUUAUGUUACCGUUGCGGUAUUGCUUAUAGAAAUAAACCUGACAUAACAAAUCACCUUUUCUGGAAACAUGGCACUGAAAGUGUAUUAUGUAAAAAAUGUCUUCAGAAGAAAUGGCCACAUGUCUAUCAUUUCUGUACACCACCAGCUAUAUUUGUAUGUGAAGAAUGUAAUUUGCAAUUUACUAGGGCAGUUUGUUUAAAAGUUCAUAAAAGGUUUCAUUCAGAAGAGUAUCCCCACUUAUGUAAAGAAGAAGGUUGUACUGAAAAGUUUGUAUCAAAAAAAUUGCUUCAAAAACAUGUUGAUGAACAUAAACAGAAAUUAACAACUGAAGAAUUAACUAAGGAAAUGACUCCUACUGCAGAGAAAACCACUGAGCACUCGACAGAACCCCUUCAGAUAAUUGAUUUAGUAGAUGAAAAACCCAAAGACGAAGUUGGUUCUUCAGAAAUAAAAACUAAUAUUGGAUCUGAACAGUUAUCUAAAAAAGAGAAAAAAAAGAAAUUGAAAGAAAAAGAUGCCUUACUCUUAGAUGUAAAUCUACCAGCAUUAGAUUUAUCAGAGAGUGAUAGCAGUGAUGAAUCCGAUAAUGACAUAACACCUGUAAAAAAGGAAGAAAAAGAAGAAAUACAACUUGAAGAAACAUCUAUUCCUAAUACUGAUAUAAACAAUGAGAUAAAUAAUUUGGAACCUGAACUUCCAAAAUUGGAAAAAAGCGAUAUAGUUGAAGAAGAAAAACCAAGUGACCAACAAAUACUGGAUAUCUGGGAUAACUUCAAGAAAUAUCAAGCUAAAGUUGAGAAACAAAAAGAAAAGACACCACCCUUAGUUCCUAUAAGGAAACAUGUGUGUGAAUCUGAUCACGAUUACUGUCUAAUUCCAUCAGAUAUAAAUGGCGAUAAUGAUCCAUUUAGUCUUAGUAAAAAGAAAAAUAAGAAAUCGCCAAAGAAAAAGCAUGGAGAAUUAUCAUCUUCAAGUAGUAGUAGUAGCGACAGUGACUCGAGUUGCUCAUGUGGAUCUAAUUGUAGCUGCUCAUCCAGCAGUGGAUCUUCCUCUUCUAGUUCUUCUGAUACUGAUUCAUCUGAUGACUCAGGUAAUGAAAAGAAAAAUUUAGGUAAUGACAAGAAAAAGAAGAAGCAAUUAAAAAAGACUUUGCCAAAUAGAAGAAUCAGUAAUGGAUCUAAUGUAGAUGUUAUGGGAAUGUCUGAAACUCCUGUUUUGAUACCAGAAAAAGUAGAGCCACCUAUUGCGGAAACAGAUUUAGAAACUGAUGAGAGUGAAACAGAUGAAGAAUUUUAUGACAAGCACCCUCAAAAAAUAGCUAAUAAAUUACAUGCCGAAAAACGUAAUCAAUUAAUGCUUUUAGCAACUGUGGCACCGUCAGAUGGUGGAUCUAUAUCAGGCGAAGCUAGCCGCCCAAAUACUCCAAUCAAAGAGGAACAGCCAAUCAAAACGGUAAUUGAUGAGAAAGCAAAAUCCUCUAGUUCUAAAAAGAAAAGUAAAAAGAAAAAGAAGUCCAGGAGUUCCAAAAAACAUGAUUCUCUCAAACUUAACAUUCCUAAAGAUGUAAUUGCAAAGUCUGAAGUGGAAACACCUCAACAACCACCUCCGCUUCUGAAUAAAAUAACUAUAUCUUUACAUUCAAACACAGUUCAAUUGCCCGAAACACCCUCUUGUCCCACAACCCUCAUUACGAACUUGAGUACUCCAACUAUGUCAUCUAUAGAAAGUAAAAGGGCGUCUAAGAGGAGGCGUGUCCCCAAUAAAUUUUAUGGCUAUUCAAGUGAUGAAGAAUCACCUUCUCCAAAUAUAGCAGCUUUAAAGCCACAACAACCACCUAAGUUAGAGUGGAGAAAAGAAGAUUUACCAUCUCCAGGUACCCAUAAAGCAAAGAAAGAAGUGCCGACAUCAGUCCUGCCACAAAAGUUAUAUAAUUAUACAGAACCUAUCAGGUUAAUUGCGCCAAUACCAGAUCCUGAGCCACCACGUAUUUUAAUGAAUACAGAAUCUAUGGAAUCGAGUGAUUCUGAUUCCAGUGAAGGAAAUUUAGAGAUAUAUCAACCUACUAACAGUGCCAGUGCACCUAUUCCGCCUCCGACAUAUUUGAAUUCGGGUACUUCUAGUUUGCCAUACCCGUUCCAGAGACCAGCAGUGCGGCAAGCACGAGAAGGAGAGAGCGUGUAUUGUUACUGUCGCUGCCCCUAUGAUGAAGUAUCAGAAAUGAUUGCGUGUGACGCAGAAGGCUGCCCCAUAGAAUGGUUCCAUUUUGAAUGUGUUGGAAUUAUGGUGCCACCUAAAGGAAAAUGGUAUUGCCCGGAAUGUAGGAAAAAUCAAAGUUUUUCAGGUUACAGAUAAGUCUAAUUAAUGUAUAUAAUAUCUCUCGCUGUAUUUGUUAUCUGUAUAUAACUUAUUGAUGAAUGUAGAUAAUGUUAGCUUUACCUGUAUAUCUUUGUAGGUAGUUUGUGUAAGAUUUAGGUUAUUAGGUCUGAAGAAAUGUAUCAUUGUUAUAUAAAAGUACAUGGUUAUGCUUCUUGCGGCCAAUUCUGUAACCUGGCAAAUUGUUACAACAUUAACCUACUACUGAAAAACGGAAUUAUAAAUCCGAUUUUUGAUACCAUAUCU